CUUCUUCUUCACUUACCUUCUCGACACUCACACCAUCUCACAACCCUAAUCUCUCACACACAAAAGAGAGAGAUAGAGAUAAACAAUGAAACUUUUUCUGCUCCUUCUAUUUCUUCUCCACAUUUCUCAUACCUUCACCACAAGCCGACCAAUCUCCGAGUUCCGUGCUCUUCUCUCACUCAAAUCCUCUCUCACCGGCGCCGGAGAUGACAUAAACUCGCCUCUCUCCUCAUGGAAAGUCUCAACUAGCUUCUGUACAUGGACUGGUGUCACGUGCGAUGUCUCUCGCCGGCACGUGACUUCUCUCGAUCUCUCUGGUCUCAACCUCUCCGGUACUCUUUCUCCAGAUGUUUCUCAUUUACGUCUUCUUCAGAAUCUAUCCCUCGCUGAUAAUCAGAUCUCCGGUCCGAUUCCGCCGGAAAUCUCGAGCCUUUCCGGUCUUCGUCACUUAAAUCUCUCAAACAAUGUCUUCAACGGUUCGUUUCCCGAUGAGAUUUCAUCUGGAUUAGUGAAUCUCCGAGUUCUUGAUGUCUACAACAACAAUCUAACCGGAGAUUUACCUGUUUCCGUCACCAAUCUGACUCAGCUCCGGCAUCUUCACCUGGGUGGGAACUACUUCGCUGAAAAGAUCCCGCCUUCGUACGGUAGCUGGCCAGUUAUUGAGUACUUAGCUGUUUCCGGCAACGAGCUCGUCGGAAAAAUCCCUCCAGAGAUCGGAAACCUAAAGACUCUCCGGGAGCUUUACAUCGGCUACUACAACGCUUUCGAAGACGGUCUUCCUCCAGAGAUCGGAAAUUUAUCGGAGCUAGUCAGAUUCGACGCCGCUAAUUGCGGAUUAACCGGUGAGAUUCCGCCGGAGAUCGGGAAGCUUCAGAAACUCGAUACGCUUUUCUUGCAAGUGAAUGUCUUCUCCGGUUCGUUAACUUGGGAGCUAGGAACGCUUUCGAGUUUGAAAUCAAUGGAUUUGUCUAACAACAUGUUCACCGGAGAGAUUCCAGCGAGUUUCGCAGAGUUGAAGAAUCUCACGCUUUUGAAUCUCUUCAGAAACAAACUCCACGGCGAGAUACCGGAGUUCAUCGGAGACUUGCCGGAGCUUGAAGUGUUACAGCUUUGGGAGAACAAUUUCACCGGAACCAUCCCGCAGAAAUUGGGGGAGAACGGUAAACUCAAUCUUGUCGAUCUCUCUUCCAAUAAGCUCACCGGAACUUUACCGCCGAACAUGUGCUCCGGUAACAAGUUAGAAACUUUAAUCACUCUUGGAAACUUUCUCUUUGGUUCAAUCCCUGAUUCUCUUGGCAAAUGUGAGUCUUUGACCCGGAUCCGAAUGGGUGAGAAUUUCCUAAACGGGUCAAUCCCUAAAGGACUAUUCGGAUUACCCAAAUUAACUCAAGUGGAGCUCCAAGAUAAUUAUCUCUCCGGAGAGUUACCGGUUGCCGGAGGUGUCUCCGUCAAUCUAGGUCAGAUCAGUUUAUCAAACAAUCAGCUCUCAGGUCCAUUACCUCCGGCGAUAGGAAACUUCACCGGCGUUCAGAAACUUCUUCUUGAUGGAAACAAGUUCGAAGGUCCGAUUCCUUCGGAGGUAGGGAAGCUUCAGCAGCUCUCGAAGAUUGAUUUCAGCCACAACUUGUUCUCCGGUCGUAUCGCGCCGGAGAUCAGCCGAUGCAAGCUCUUAACUUUUGUUGAUCUGAGUAGAAACGAGCUCUCCGGUGAAAUCCCAAAUGAGAUCACUGGUAUGAAGAUAUUGAAUUACUUGAAUCUGUCGAGAAACAAUCUGGUUGGAUCAAUCCCCGGUUCGAUCUCGUCAAUGCAGAGCUUAACAUCACUUGAUUUCUCUUACAACAAUCUCUCCGGUUUGGUUCCGGGCACUGGACAAUUCAGUUACUUCAACUACACAUCGUUCUUGGGUAAUCCUGAUCUCUGUGGUCCUUAUCUUGGUCCUUGUAAAGAUGGUGUUGCUAAAGGAGCUCACCAGAGUCAUAGUAAAGGACCUUUAUCAGCUUCUAUGAAGCUAUUGCUCGUCCUUGGACUACUCAUUUGUUCGAUUGCAUUCGCGGUAGUAGCUAUUAUCAAAGCUAGAUCAUUGAAAAAGGCGAGCGAGUCACGGGCUUGGAGGUUAACAGCAUUCCAGAGACUAGACUUCACAUGUGACGAUGUCUUGGAUUCUCUCAAAGAAGACAACAUUAUAGGCAAAGGAGGAGCUGGUAUUGUCUAUAAAGGCGUAAUGCCUAAUGGUGAUCUAGUCGCGGUCAAAAGACUCGCUGCAAUGUCCCGUGGAUCUUCCCAUGAUCACGGAUUCAACGCAGAGAUUCAAACCUUAGGAAGGAUAAGACACAGACACAUAGUGAGGCUUCUCGGUUUUUGCUCUAACCACGAAACAAAUCUACUAGUCUAUGAGUACAUGCCUAAUGGUAGUCUCGGUGAGGUGCUUCACGGUAAGAAAGGAGGACACUUGCAUUGGGAUACACGUUACAAGAUUGCUCUUGAAGCUGCUAAAGGGCUCUGUUAUCUUCAUCACGAUUGUUCUCCAUUGAUUGUUCACAGAGAUGUUAAAUCAAACAACAUCCUCCUCGAUUCAAACUUUGAAGCUCAUGUUGCUGACUUUGGUCUCGCUAAAUUCCUUCAAGAUUCCGGUACUUCUGAAUGUAUGUCUGCAAUCGCUGGCUCUUACGGCUACAUAGCUCCAGAGUAUGCGUAUACGUUGAAGGUAGAUGAGAAGAGCGAUGUGUAUAGUUUCGGUGUGGUUCUUUUGGAACUCGUCACCGGAAGAAAACCUGUCGGAGAAUUUGGUGACGGUGUCGACAUUGUGCAAUGGGUUCGUAAAAUGACUGAUUCGAACAAAGAAUCGGUUCUGAAAGUAUUGGAUCCGAGACUUUCAUCGAUUCCGAUUCAUGAAGUGACGCACGUCUUCUAUGUCGCGAUGCUCUGUGUCGAAGAACAAGCCGUUGAGAGGCCGACUAUGAGGGAAGUUGUUCAGAUCCUCACUGAGAUCCCGAAGUUGCCACCGCCGAAGGAUCAGCCGACGACGGAAUCAACGCCGGAGAAUGAGCUUUCGCCGAUGUCCGGUGCUCAAGGUCCGCCGGAUCUACUCAACCUAUGAGAGUUUUCCGAUUUCCGGCGGUUAAUUUAGGGUACCGGUAUAAGGGGUAAAUUUGUCAUUUUCAUAAAUGUUUUUAGCGUUAAGAGAGAUUUGGUUGUUAAUUACUUAUUUUAUCCCAAUUAGUCUGCUUUGUGCUUUGGUCCGGUUUAGUAUUGUUUUAACUCUUUUUAAGUGUGUUUCAUUUUCCUCGGCUCUUUUUUUAAUCGGUUAUUCGGCUUUAUUUAGUUUGUAAUUUGUAUUAAUGAAAAUGUACAGUUGAUUUUUUUUGAGGAAAAAUUACUUUACGUAAGUA